AAUAUUAUGCCGAAUAUGCCCCUGCCAUGCCAUGGUGGGACCCGCCACAAAAGUGACGACAAUCCAGGAUGGCAGAAGAAGAAUCUAUCCCGUCCCGAUGUUUGUACAGAAUUCCAAUGUGACGUUAUAAUUGCCGAACAAACACAGCUUACUUUCAACGCAACUUCUAGAAACCCCGUUAUAUUUAACGCCGUAGUCCCCCUGCUAAAGCCCGUUCAAACCAACAACAAAAAUCCCAGUCAACAAGAAGAAGAAGAAGAAGAAGAAGAAGAAGAAAGACAGGAAGGCGGAGAGAUCGGAACCAUGUCGUGGCAAACCUACGUCGACGACCACUUGCUCUGCGAAAUCGAGGGCAACCACCUCACCUCCGCCGCCAUCAUCGGCCAAGACGGCACCGUUUGGGCCCAAUCCGCCAAUUUCCCUCAGUUUAAGCCGGAAGAGAUAACAGGCGUUAUGACCGACUUUGCUGAACCUGGAACCCUGGCUCCAACUGGAUUAUAUAUCGGGGGAACGAAGUACAUGGUGAUCCAAGGAGAACCAGGGGCCGUUAUUCGGGGGAAGAAGGGACCUGGUGGUAUCACAAUCAAGAAAACAAACCAGGCUCUGAUCAUUGGAAUAUACGAUGAACCUAUGACUCCUGGACAGUGCAAUAUGAUCGUUGAGAGGCUGGGCGACUACCUCAUCGAUCAGGGUCUGUAGUUGUACUGUGAAUUAGUGUUCUACAUGAUCAGAGGCAUAGCCAUGGGAGAUGUCUGUGUGUGCUACAACAGGAGAGAAAAAAGAUUGAGAUAAUGUUCUUCUGUAUGAAACAUUAUUACUAAUGUAUAAUCUGAGUUUUUAUUAUCUUUUUCCAAAUUUUUUUUGGACAAGCUUGUGUCACGAGUCAUGACUUUCUUGGGUGGUGUAUCAAUGUUUUUAUGUGUAAUGAAAUGCUUUGGUUUUUACUA